UUAUAGCUGAACGAUUCAGUAGAGUUAAAAAUAUAUUUUUUCUUUCUUAUAUUUUUUUUAUGUCUCUAUAACUGUAUAUUUAACCUAAUGUUUCCGAACUACAUUCUUUGACACAAAAAUAUAUGGCUUGAAGCACUCUCGUUUUUUCUGUGAUAGUUUUGUCAAAUUGGUCAAAUGAAUUUAAAUAAUAAAACAAUAAGUGGUCGGUGUCAAGUGAUAUCUCCGCCCAUAGUGCCCACUGCGAUCAUUAUGUGAUUAGUAAAGCUGACCAGUUGAAGGGGUUAAAGUGUUGUUUACGAUGUCUGGAGAGGGCGAACGUGUAUCUCGUCCCAACUCCUUGGUGCUCGAAGUGCCGGCGCCUGAACGUGAGCCGCUGCGCUUCGAUGUGCAGCUGGUGGGAGCUCCUCCAGAGGUCGAGCAACUUGUUAAUAACAUCAAGCAAGUAGCUGAAGACUUCCUUUAUCAUUGGAAAACAUUUCCUAUUGUGCUUCCUCAGUCAAGAUUCGCGGGUCCGGGUAAUCGUCCCUCGGAUAUUAUAAUUGCGCCGCCAUGCGACGAACUUGAGGCCGCUGCACUUGACGCGGGCAUCGAACCCCACCCCCUCUCGCCGAAACAGCUGCACUCAAUACGAGAAAAAGGGGAGUUCGAGGUGCCGUCUCGACAAUUCCCUGGACAGACGCACGUAUGGCGAGUAGCUGGGUGGCUCCAACGAGGCAGUGCGAGGGCACGGGAAGAGCUCUAUUGUCACGUAGCGAGGGCCAUCGCCCUCGUCGUAGUAGUUUCUAGGGACAGAUUGUUAAGAGAUGAACCUCUCUCGCUGAUCGCGGGGGCGAAGGCAUUCAUGGAAGGUUUGCAUAGGUUAAUGGAUAUCAUCUUUGGAAUGCCGUCUCUUGAAGCGCGUGACCUUGAAAAGAAAAUACGCGAGGAGCGUUCGCGUUAUCUCGUCGCCGAACUUAUUUGUAAGCCUGAAGAUCAAGAAGACAUAGCAGCUUUAGCGGCAUGGGUGACGCGGGAGAUGCGACCUAACAAGAUGAGAGACGCGAGAGGUGACCCACGCAACGCCCCCAGAGUACCGUAUCUCUACACCACCCCUCAAAGGACGCAGGUUGAUCUUCGACUAUUUAGACGAAAGUUAUUGCGUAGGGCAGCACCAUCUCUUCAAACGAUUUUGGACAGAGAGUCUCGUGGCUGGUUUCUACAUUUUCGUGAACGAAGGGCUGCGCUUCUAGCGAGUCAGAAGAUGCCAAUGAAGGAUAUAGAAGAGGAAGUGAGCUCGGCUGCUAUGCGAGAAUACGUCUCGCGUGUGUGUAAUGCGGUGUUGAGCUGUGAGCAGCUCGCAGCGCUGGGGCCCGCAGUGCCCGAGCUGCUCGCCUCGCAGCUGCGGGCCGCCGUCAUCGUGAACAGAGCCGAGGAGGGCGUCCGGCGGAAACUAGAAGCCGGCCUGGCGUCGGCGGAGGCGCGCAUCCGCGCGGCGCACCCCGUGCUGUCGCGCGCCGACGCGUGGCGCCGCGAGGAGCUGGCGCGCGCGGCGCACGCGCUGCGCAGCGAGCUGCGCUGGGCCGCCAUGGAGGACGCCGCCGCCGCCAUGCAGGCGCACAAGCUGUCGCAGCACCGGUACUUCCUGCUGCGCGACCUCGCCUUCCUGCGCGACCGGGAGCCGCUGCUCAUGAAGGAACUCCGCGCGGCGAAGACUCCGACGCGCGAGUUCUCGUGGGCGACGUACAUCUGGCGGCCGCGCAACUGGAAGGUGUUCCGCGAGUUCCGCGGGCGCACGGAGCGCAUCCCCACCGUCAUCAGCAGCCGCGCCACCAACAUCGUCACGCCGCGCUCCGACCCCUCGCAGCCCGUCUUCAGCCUCAGCCUGGAGAAGGUGCGCGUCAGCACCACGCGCUGGCCCGCCUGGCGGAUCCUCAACUUCGCUCACAGGACGUGGUCGUGGUCGUGGAACCUGAUGUUCCUUCUGGGCGUGUUGGUGCCGUGGUGCUCGCGCGUGUCGCUGCGCACACUGCUCUGCGUCAAGCCCUUCGUUCCGGACCUCGAGCAGUCGCAGGUGAACGGUACCCUGUUUCCUAAACGCAGCAGCGAGAAGCAAACGAUGUGGUCGCUGCUGUUGAAGCUGUGGCGUCAUGUAUCAAAGGAACGGACGCGAUUCGAGACUGAGCCCGACACAGGACUCCUAGGCAAAGGGCUCAGUAGGCAAGCAAAUAGGUUAUGGAACUACGGCGUAAUCGGCGGACUAGGCUCUUUGGCGCUGCUGCUGGCGUUCCCGCUGUUGGCGCUGGCGGCCAGCGCGCUGUCACUGAUUGCAGCAGCCAGCGUGCCGCUGUGGUUGCCGGUAGUGGCCCUGGCUCUUCACGCCGGCUGCGCUCUGCUCUAUGACCUGGACUGUCCAGAUCCCGCUAGGCUCAAUAGACUCUUCGUUUUAUUCGAAGUACUGGUCUGGCGAAUCGGAAUACUGGGACUGCUCCAGCCGAUCAUCGCGUUCGUGGUCGCCAUCUUCCUCUGUCCGCUCGCCGCCCUCAUUCUGCUCGUCGGCGGGCUGGGCUGGUGGGUGGUGCGCGGCGCGUGGGAGGCGGUGGCGUGGCGCGCGCUCAUCGUGCGCGCGGCGCGCGUGCCCGCGCACGACUCGCGCUUCUGCCGCCGCGUGGCCGGGCCCGCGCUGCACUCGCACGCCUCCUACCAGAUCACAGCGGCGCAGGCAUUAGCGGCGGUGUGUGCGCGCGCAGAACUGGACAUCCUCGCCACGUGGGCGACGGACAUCGAGAUCGCUAUAGAGCGGCCCCUGCGGGAUUAUGAGCAUUUCGUGGAUGCCUGCUUUGGACCUUUUUCCGUCCAAAUCGCUAAGACGGGGUCGUACAAGCAAGUGGAGAAGGAGUGCGGCGAGCUGGUGUGGUCGGUGCGCGAGAAGCUGGCGGCGCGGCGGCGGGACCUCGCGCUGCCGCUCACGGACGCGGCGCGCGCGCGCGUGCGCAUGUUGCCUCAGGACCUCCGGAAAGCGGUGCACGCGAGCGCGGCCGAGCUGUCGCGGCAGUGGGGGGAGGCGGCGCGCGCGGACGAGUGGUGGGCGGCGCGCGGCCUCGAGCCCAACGACUGGCACGCGCUGGCCGCCAACACGCUCGUCGAGGUUUUCGACGCGGAGGUGCUGGUGGCGCUGGAGGAGAGCGAGGCGCGCGUGGCGCUGGAGACGGGCGUGUGCGCGGGCGCGGCGCGCUGGCGGGACCUCACCGCGCGCAGCCCCGCGCCGCCCGACGUGCUCGCCGAGCGCGACGACUGGCGCCCCGCGCCCGGCGUGUGGGGCGAGUGGAGCGGCACGCCGGCGCCGCGCGUGCCGCCGCCCGCGCUGGACGUGUCGGCCUUCAGCCCGCGCGCCGCGCACCUGCCGCCGCUGCCCGUCACGCCCGCCGUCGCGCUCGUGCUGCACAACCGAGAAUCCGAUAACCCCGUGCCGCUGGAUUCAGAACUUUGUAUGGAAAUACUUAAACGUCUGGAUGAUACGCCGGACCGCGAUGACGUCAGAGACGACGUCGAGAGAUACCGAGGCGGCGGCAGCGAAGCGACGAGCGAGACGAGCGGCUCCGACUCGCCGGACGACGAGGCGGCGCGCGCGCAGGCGCCCGCGCGCACGCCCGACGCCGCGCUCUGCCGGAUAUCCCCAACGACGGAAAGAGCCGCUUGUAGAUGGACUCUGACUGGUCGAGGAGUUCGUUUAAGAGCGGAUCUGGCGAGCCCAGAAGACGUCACUCUCGACAUAGACCGACACGUCGGCACUUCGGUCUGAACACACGCUUAUAAAGUGAUUUUCAUUUGCAGCUAACUUCUAAUUCAACGACGAAGAGAAGAAUAUAUUAUAUAAACGCUUCUGUAAGUUUACACUACGUCUGGAGGUGCCUAAAUGUUAACUACCAUCAAACAAGUCAAGGAUUGUAUAGGGAAUAUGCAUCUGAAAUAUUUAUAUUUAAGAUUAUGUUAUUCAAAUAUAUUUAAAUAUAUAUAACUUAAAUAUAUUUGGUUUGUUGAAAAUAUAAUAAGAAAUAUGGCUUUAGAUUCAUCUCUACUCUAUUUUUCAGCAAAUUGUGCAUACUCCCUAUAACAUUGGCAACACUGUGUAUGAAGAUAUAAGCUUCGUUUGAUGUACGUUUUGUUUAAAUUAAAUAACGCUCUCUAUUUGUGUGAUUUAAAUUAACGGCUUAAUAUUAUAAAAUGUAAUUAUAUUAUUUUAUGAAACUGAAAUGAUCUGAUGACUGAUGAUAUUAAUGAUUGUUGCCAUAUACAAAUAUAUGAUCUGGUUAAUUUAUAUAAGCGAAAUAAUUAACAGUUAUCUAUAUGAUUUCAUUUGCGUUGAAAAUUGCGUGAAGAGCACGAAGGUCUAAAAAUAAUACAUAGUGCAGAGCUGCUAGUAAGAAUAAAUCUGAUAGAUUACUAAAUAAUGUUUAAGAUCACUUUAAAUUAUUAUGAAACGCACUCCAGAACCACACGUGUAUAAUAGUAUUAAAAAAAGACACAAUUUAAACAUAAUGUAUACAAAUAGUUAUCAAUGGUAAUGUACGCGCGAGAGAUAAGUGGACUGUAGUUGAGUAAAAAGGGGAGUUGUUACCUCAAAAUCUGGGCUCUAAUCAUUAAAACUUAUGUGAACUUUUAUUAAUUUCUAAAUAAUUAAUUAGAUAAAGGAACUUAUUUAUUUUAAACAUUUAAAAAAAAUAACAACAAUGUCAUUCAAAGUAAUUGAAAUCCGGCUCGAAGGACCAUAUAUAAACAUCAAUAAAGUUAUAACGGUAGUAUAACGUACUAAAUAAAAGUAUAUCUCGGAUACAGCAAAAUGAAUGAUCUAUAAUAUUACUUUGAUAUGUAUUUGCUUACAUUAUGUAUAAAUUGAAAUUUAAAUAGCAUACUAUAAUUAGUUUCAACUCAUUGAACAAAAUCAAAUAUACAUAGAGAAUGCAAUUUUAAAAACAUAAUAAAGUAGAAAUAAGAAAAAUUAUUUACCGCUAAAGUGCUUUCAUAGUAACGCGUAUUGUAUAUAUGCCUUAUUAUAUAGAAAUUUAUUAUAUACAAGUAAAUAGGGCAAUAUUAAAAACGCUAUCUCGAAAACCGCCGAUAGUUAUUAGUGUGUAGUUAAUUAACGUGGAACGGUAUCAAUUGUUCAUAAGAUGGAUUAUGGAAUGAAAAGACUUGCAAUACCUCGUUAGUAACGUAGUACACGUUUCAAUCGAAUAUAGCUCGUAUUAUUAUUACGAUAUGAAACUAAAUCGAUGGACAGAAUGUUUAAA